AUGGCGGUUGGUGUCCCUCGUGAAGCACCAGCAAGCACCGCGCCGUUAGAACGCGUGAAAAAGCUUCAGCUGCAAAUCGCCUCAUCGACAGAUUUGAACCCACUAGCUCACCUUAUCAAGGAAGCUCGAACAUUGCACUCAAAGUUGACCCAAGGGAAUGCAGAUGAUCCAAAGUCGCUCGUCAAGGCUCUCACCUUGGCUGCACGUGUCGUGUCGCACAGUCUUGUUGGCCUAAGCGAGAAAGACAAAAUCAAUUUUGAGCACGUAGAUGAACAUGGCCGACUCGUCCUCCAAGAGGCGUCUGACCCUUCUGAUGCACAAGCCCAAGUCUCCCGGUGGCUGCAGAGCCAAUGGAACGGGUUCAUUAUGCUUUUGCUUGAUGAGCUUCUCUUCUCAGAAUUUUCUGCUGUACAGCAUUCGGCUCUUCAAAUUGUCAUGACGCUUCAGACGGCAGCAUCUGAGUCGUUGAACCGGCAAUCGUCCACUAAAACUGGUCGCUGGUCACAGUCGCCUUUCCGGCCGCUGAUUCAAACAUUGGUAUGGAAGCGAGUAUCUGAAGAUGUCGUCGACAUAUUUGUCGAGGAGUUUCUAGAAGUGUAUGAUGAUGUGCGCUUCUUUUUCUGCAAAGAAAUAAGCCGUCUUUUGCGCCAUGUCCCAGAUGCAAGCCCUCCGCAUGCUCACGUCCGGUCGCAUGCACGGACUCUUCUUUGUCGUCUUACGGCGAUCCCGACAGAACCGAGUCACUUGAACCAUUUCCUUGUGCGGCACCUAUCCAACGGGCCAAAGAAAUCCAAAAAAAUUAAGAAGCAGAAACCGACUAUGUCUCAAGAUGGUGAUGAGGAUGACGAUGGCGUUAUUGAGCCUCAGCCUUGGUCAUCAGAGUCUGAAGAAGAUCAAGUCGACGAAGACCCGUCAUCGCAUUACGUGUCAAUGCGGAAGAAGCGCCGAACAAGGCAUGGCCCACCGGUGCUCGAUUCCUUGCACACACUUUCCUCUCAACGCCAGGCCUUUGCUGCUGCAUGGCUGAGUCUUUUGCUUCCUCGCACUCAUUCGAACUCGAACGGACAUUUGAUUGUGCAUGGUGGUAACCUAUCCACGUCUGAGACGCACGACAUCCUCGUGCGCCUACAUGCACAAAUCCUACCGCAUUUGCCCAACCCAACGAUGCUGCACGAUUUCUUGGUCGAUUGUUUGGACACAAAGGGAACGACAGCCCUUCUCGCACUCAAUGGCUUGUUUACUCUCAUCGUCCACCACAACCUGGACUAUCCAGCAUUUUAUACCCGCCUCUAUGCACUGCUGGAUGCAUCUGUCCUCCAUACGCGGUACCGAAGUCGAUUUAUGCGCAUGCUCGACACGUUCUUGGCCUCCAUGCUUCUGCCAGUUGCUAUUGUUGCGUCCUUUGUUAAGCGCUUAAGCAGACUGUCUCUUCGCGCUACACCGGCUGCACUAAUCGAGAUCAUUCCAUUUAUUUGGAACUUGCUAAAGCGACACCCAAGCUGUAUGCAAAUGAUUCAUCGCGAAUGGCAACAUGACCACUUAGCACUGGGCCCUAGCGCUGUGCAAGACCCUUUCGAUCCGUACGAACCGAACCCACUUCAUACACGUGCCCUCGAAAGCUCCUUGUGGGAAAUCUCGACAUUCGGUGCAUACCGUCUGAGCCAGACAAGCCAGCAUGGGAAGGAGUCAACUGCCGGGGGUGACACGCACUAUCUCGGUUCCGUCUCGACAUUCGCAUCCAUUCUCGCUGAGCCUUUCACACAACAGCGCUACGAGCUGGAAGAUUUUCUCGAUUCCACGUAUUCCACCUUGUUUGAAACGGAAACAAAAAAGACUCUCAAGCGACGUCAGCCAAUGAACAAGCCUGUUGCACCACCUCCCGUCGCACCACUGGACAUCAGGCUUGCUGUGCCACCUCUCCUGGCUGAAAAGACCGGGGACCUCGACGCUGCUGUGCGUCGCGAGACUCGGAAGCGACUGCGUUUGUAUGCUUUCCCCACGGAAUCGGCAGCACAGCAGGGCGAUACGCCAUUGGAACAGGACCGUCGUGCGAUGCCACUCGACGAUUGUGCGCGGCUAUGGCAUUUUGUGUAG